AUGGAUUCAAAGAAGCAGCACCGAAAAUCGCGAUCAAGAAGAUCUCGCGAGGAGGGCAGACAGCAGUACACCACAGAGUCCCUUCUCACUUCACCUCCUUCCAGUACGCUUAUCCAGUCCUUCAGGGGCAUUCUCACCACAACUGAGGGCCAGUCGACACACCCUCGAGGUAUUUCACCAGUGCAAAUUUGUCCACCACCUCCCGGACCCAUUCCUUUCCAUGGCUUUACAUCAGCAGCGGCCACAAUUCCCCACUCUCUUUCCCACCAGAAGCCGGAUUAUAAUAUAUCCCUCGUGAGUUAUACGCUUUACAUAACUUAUGAUGCAUUCGCCUGGUUAAACUGCUUGCUCGAGAAGAUUAAAUGUCCAAAGUUUGAAAUCCAUUAG